AUGCUGCACCACAAAGGCGGCACCGACCACGACCUGUGCCAGCACCGCUCGGGCUGCGGCCACGGCAGCCACGACACCCCCGAGAUCUGCCCCAACCCCCCCGAGAUCUGCCCCAAGCCCCCCGAGAUCUGCCCCAACCCCCCCGAGAUCUGCCCCAACCCCGGCAGCCUCAGCCACGACACCGAGGGCUCCAGCCAGAGCCCGCCCCGGGGCUGCCAGCCCGGCGAUCUGUGCCCGCCCCGGCCCUCCUGCUGCCCAGCCCCGCCGAGCUGCAAGCCCCGGCGGCGGGUGGAGGUGAGCCCGGUGCCCCCCGUGUGCCCCCCGCCCGUGAAGAUCCGCCGCCGGCCGCUGGAGCAGCACCGCCCGUGCCCGCCGUGCCCGGAGCGCGACUCCUGCGGGAAGCCCCGCCGGCGGCUGGAGCAGUGCCCCGAGCAGGAUGAGGAGCCCCCGGUGGUCCUGCAGCCGCUGCCGCUGCAGCAUCGCUGCCCCUGCAUCCAGCGCUGCCCCCGGCCCGUGCCCGGCUGCCCCCGGCCCGUGCCCGGCUGCCCCCGGCCCGUGCCCUGCUGCCCCCGGCCCGCCCAGCGCUGCUGCCCCGCCGGCCCCCUGCCACCGCAGCCCGGCCAGCACCAGCAGCACAAGCAGGUCACGCUGGUGCCGCUCUGCGUGAAGAACUGA